AUGUCUGGUCGAUUCGUGAGGUCUUCCAAAUACCGCCAUGUAUUUGGAAAGACGACAAGAAAGGAGUUUUGCUACGAUAACUUGCGCAUCAGCCGUAAUGCGUGGGAUACCAACCUUGUCAAGGUCAACCCCGAGUAUUUGUCUGUCAAUUGGGAUUCGUCUGGUGGUGGCGCCUUCGCUGUCAUUCCCCUGAAUGAGAGGGGCAAGCUGCCUGAUUCGAUGCCUCUGUUCAGAGGGCAUACUGCUACUGUCUUGGACACAGACUGGAACCCUUUCAACGACCGUAUCAUCGCUUCCGGUUCCGAAGAUGGCAAAGUCUUUAUUUGGGAGGUCCCCAAGGGCUUUACGCUGUACACUAAUGCUGAAGAAGUUCCCGACGUGUCCCCUGUGAGCAAACUUGCCGGGCACGCAAGGAAAGUUGGGCAGGUCCUUUUCAACCCCGCCGCUGAGAAUAUUCUUGCCUCAGCCUCCGGCGACUGUUCAGUCAAAAUUUGGGACAUUGGGACCGGCCAGUCCCCUCUGGCACUUAAACACAACGACAUUGUGCAGAGUCUCGCCUGGAACGCUCCUGGUACUAUGAUUGCCACGACAUCUCGCGACAAGACGGUUCGGGUUUGGGAUGUUCGCCAGCAGAAGCCUGUCCACGAGGCUCCUGGCCAUAGUGGCGCCAAGAGCAGCAGGGUUGUCUGGCUGGGCGAGCACAACCGAUUCGUGACCACUGGGUUCUCGAAAAUGAGUGAACGACAGAUGGCUCUUUGGGAACCGGGAAGGACGGAGCCUAUUGGCGGAUUCAGCAUGCUCGAUUAUAUCUCUGGUGUUUGCAUGCCGUUCUGGGAUGAGGGAUCAAACUGCCUGUACCUUGCUGGCAAGGGUGAUGGCAACAUUCGGUACUUCGAAUAUGAAAACGACAAGUUCGAAUUCCUUAGCGAGUACAAGUCUUCCGAUCCUCAGCGAGGCAUUGCUUUCGUGCCCCGACGUGGUAUCAACGUCCAUGAAAACGAGGUUAUGCGAGCCUACAAGACCGUCAACGACACCUACAUCGAGCCCAUUCCCUUUACUGUUCCCCGCCGCGCCGAAACCUUCCAGUCUGAUAUCUUCCCUCCCGCAACUGGCACCAAACCUGCAAUGAGCGCCAAGGAAUGGUUGGAUGGCAAGACUGGUAUUGCCCCCAAGAUUGAUUUGGAGAGCGUCUACGACGGCAGCGCCCCCAAGGAGGUGCCAUCCGACUACAAGCCUCCCGUUCAGUCUACACCUGCUCCGGCUCCUGUCAAGAAAGAGGAGCCAAAGAAGGAAGAGCCCAAACCAACUCCGGUUGCUAGCCGUGGUCCGCCACCAACAAUGAGCGACCAGAAGGCAUCCAUCUCCAGCAUGGCCAACAAAUUCCAGGACAAUGAGGAUGACGGGGCGGAUGAAGACGAGACGUCUAGCUUCGAGGAGAUUUCUCGGCCAACUCAGCGAACCGCUGGCAUUGCUCGUGUCGACCCCAAACCUUUACCCGUCCCUGCUCCUGAGCCAGUCAAACCAGCCUCUCCUGCCAAAACGCCUACCCCUACAACGUCAUCCGCUGCUACCGCUGCGCCACGUUCAUCCACGCCAUCUGUGGGCGUCGAAGCAUCCCUUGAUGAGAUUAAACAACUUCUCGAGAACCAGACCAAGGUCAUUUCCUCCCAAAAUGACAAGAUCAGUCAGUUGGUCGGCGAGGUAGAGUCAUUGAAGAAGAAGGUCAAUACUUCUGGGUCACAGGAUCAGAGCGAACGAAUCAGGCAGUUGGAGUUGGAGCUUGAGGAGGCGCGGUCCUAA